AUGUCGUCUGACGACGCGGCCGACGCGUCCGAGACGGCUGCCGCCUCUGGCACGGCCUCAGUGAUCUUCGCGCUCGGGAGGGUGCUGCUCUCCACGGUCCUCCUGCAGCUGGUCGGAGGCUACAUGAAGGUGACUCGCAUGUUCCCGGCCUCCGCCGAAGCGGGCGUCGGCGCCUUCAUCGGCGGCGUCUCGCUGCCAGCCAUCCUCUUUCGCGCGGUGGCUGCGCUCGACUUUGGGGCGGUCGACCUGUCGCUCCUCGUCGGCACGCUGGUCGGCAAGCUCUGCAUGGUCGCGGCGUCAAUUGUGAUGGGGCAGGUGGCGCGGCGAGGCGCCCUCGUCCCGCCCGGCGAGAGCGAGAUCAACGGCGGCAUGUUUGCGAUCCUGACGACCAACGGCGACGAGCUCGGGCUCGGGCUGCCCGUGAUGGGCGCCCUAUUCCCGCCCGAGCAAGUCUCCCUGCUCUUCCUCCUCUCGAGCAAGUGCUCGCCUUCAUCCUCCUCGGCGUCGGCGUGGCGCGACGCGACGCCGCGAGGGCUGGCACACCGCCCGAGCCGAGGAGCCAUCAUCGGCUGCGUGGCGCUAGUCAUCGCGGUGGCGUACAACGCCGCCUUCGGCCGCCUCAAGGGCGCGCCGCUGCCCUUUUUCCUGGAUGACGUCGUCAGCCUGCUCGCGGGCGCGUUCGCGCCGGGCGUCUUUUUCCUCGCCGGCACGGCUAGCGUCGGCUCCUUCUCACAGCUGGCGCGGCUCGACUCGGCGUGGCUCCCCCUCGCGCUGGCGCUGCUCAAGUCGCUCGUACUGCCUGCCAUCAUCAAGGGGAUCGUCGCUGCCCUCGGCGGCGACCGGAGCGCGCAGGAGUUUGGCUUCACCUUUGGCGUGCUGCCGGCGGCGGGCUCGUCGCUCGUGUCGGCGUACGCUCCGAGCGCGCAGCAGCUGCUGCAGCUCUCUGCGACGCUCAACGUGGGUAAGGUGGUCGCGUUCCCGCUCCUCCUGCUCGCGGCGGCCAUCCUCUUCGUGAGCGGGGAGGGGCAGGUCACUGCAUGGCGCGUGAGCCACGCCGCGUUGCAGUGCACGCGCGCGCUCUCGCUCGCGCUCACGGCCGCUCUCGUCUCGUCGGCGGCUUGGUGGCGCGCCUGGUGGCGCCCGCCGCUGCGCCGCCUCCUGCUGCUGCUGCCGCUCGAGCUCGGCUACCUAACGGCGUACCUCUUCCUGGCCGCGUCGGCGAGGCACUUAGCCGCGGACCCGUCCCGCGCAGUGUCUGACUCACAGAUCGGCGAGCAGUGGCGGUGGCUCGGCCUCGGCCACGUCGCCGCCCUCUUUGACGCCGACCCGGCUUGGUUCUCGCCGCCGCCGCCGCCGCCCUCGUCGCCCCACGGGGGGUACGAGCAGGGGCCGGACGCAGGAGGCGGGCACGAGCCGGCGAGUGAGCGGGAGCGGCUCAUCUUUGAGCUGAUCAACGUGCUCCGAUGGGCCAAGGAGGCGGCGCUGCUGCGGGUGGUGGCGCUGCGCCUCCGCUCGCUCUCGCAGCGGCGCGAGCGAGCGCGGGUCGAGGCGAUGCGCCAGGCGCGCGCCGCGCUGAUCGCGUCGCAGUGGCGGAAGAAGAGAGCCCAGCGCUCUUUUGCUGAGCAGAGCAGCCCCGCGACGCUGCCGCGAAGGGCCGCCGGAAGCUGGCAGAUCGCGCGGCUGGGCGGCAGCUCGCGGGACAUGCUGCCCAGCGCGCCCGCGAUGCGCCGCCCCGAUCGUCUGCGCUCUCGGGCGUCGGUCGUCGGCGUGGCGGCGCACGACAAGCUUCAGCACAGCUCCGCCGCCGCCGACCGCGGCAGAGGGAGCGGAGGGCGGGCGAGGGGGUCUGAGGCGGGCGAGGUGUGCGCGGUCGGCUGCUUUGGGCUGUCGAUGACGCUGCCUUGGGCGGCUCUCGACUACCCCGACCAGCCGUUUGUGCACAUGUGGCUCCCCUUCUCUGUGGCGCACGGCGCCCUCGCCGCCUCGCAGUCGCUGGUCGCCGGCGUCGUCUACGCCGCAUUCGCCGCGGCGCACGCCGUCGGCCUCGCAACCAUCGUCUACCACCGCGCGCGAGCGGAGGGGUCGCUGGUGCCCGCCGACCUAUCCUCGCGCCACGGCGAGCUGUCCACCCACUCCUUCUCUCUCCGCGUCGAGAUCCUCGCCAUCAUCGGCGCGACGCGCCUCCUCUCCUCCGCCUCGGUCGCCGUCGCCGCCUUUGCCGGCGCCGAUGUCCGUGGCUCGGUGGCGCACAUGCUUCUCGUCACCUCCGUCCUCAACAACGCGGGCGGCAUCUUCCUCUUCACUCUCUUUGGCCUCUUCCCCGGCGGGCCGCUCGCUUACCCGGCGGCCGUCGCACGGCGGCUCUACCGCGGCGCCUCCUCCGCCCUCGCGACUUGCUGCUCGCCCGCCUGCUGCGCGCUUCCCGGCCCGCCCCUCACGCGCCCUAGUGGGGAGGAGGACGAGGACGAGGAGGACGAGGACGGCGUCGUGGGCGGGCGCGGCGUGAGCGCCGCGUUUGACGCGGCGCACAGCGAGGGCGAGGACGAGGAGGGGCGGGCGGGCGAGGAACAGGUGAUGCUCGCCGCCCUGUCGCCGGCGUGGCAGCGCACCCGCGCGAAGCUGCAAGCGUGCAGGACUCUGACCGCACACCGGCGCGGCACGCCCACCGCCGCCAGCCCCGCCGCCAUCGCCGCCGCCAGCGCGGCGGGCGCGAGCGGCAACGCGACGGGAGGGGGCGCGCUCGCGAGCAUCCGCAGCGGCACGCGGCUGCGGAAGCGGCAAGCGGCUGCGCGGCAGACUCGCGGCGGCUCGGCGGCCGGUGGGACGGGCGGCGACGCGGAGGCGCAGCACCUCUCUCCGGCGCACAGCCAGGGCCUCGCCCGCGAGGCGGUGAGCGGGCUGGAGAUCUCGCUCGCUCCAAUGGGCGGCGCCCGGCGAUCCGCCUCCACAAGCACCCUCUCCGCGACGAGCGAGGAGGCCAGCGGGUGGUGGGUGCAGCGCGGGGUGAGCGGCGAGCCGGCAGCGCUCCCCCGGCGCAGCUCCGUGGCCUCCUCCUCCACCCCCGGAUGUCGCCCCCCGCGAGAGGCGGGCGCGGCUCCGGCUGGGGCGCCGGCUGUCUCGUCCCCGACGUCUAUGGUUUGAGAUUGCUAUUUUAUAGAAUAAUUU